AUGUUUGUUCUGUUCCAGAGGGCUGAGGAGAAUGCACACGCUUUCCUAGACAAGGAACUGAAGAAGCUCUGGAGGGAUCUCUUCCCAGAUUACCCACAAUGCUCAGAGCUUCAGAGGGAGGGGGAGGAGGUGGAUGGUAAGAAGGAGGAGCAGAGGAGGCGCGCCAUAGAGGGAGUGGUGGACAUCACAAAGCUGUGUCUGAUGCAGAUGAACCAGGAGGAACUGGCCGACACACUAGGGGGCGGAUCGGCUGCUGUCAAGUGCCAACAUAACAUCAAGUCUCAUUUGAAGGAGAAGUUCAGGUGUAUGUUUGAGGGAAUCGCUAAAGCAGGACAUUCAACACCUCUGAAUGACUUCUACACAGAGCUCUUCAUCACAGAGAGAGGCAGUGGAGAAGUCAACAAGGAACAUGAGGUCAGACUAAUUGAAACAGCUUCCAGGAAACCAGCUAAGGAGAUAACACCAAUCAAAUGUGAAGACAUCUUUAAACUCUUACCUGGAAAAGAUCAACCAAUCAGAACAAUAAUGACAACUGGAGUGGCCGGCAUUGGUAAGACCGUCUUAACGCACAAGUUCACUCUGGACUGGUCUGAAGGCAAAGCCAACCACGACAUACACUUUACAUUUCUGUUCACUUUCAGAGAGCUGAAUUUAGUGAAAGAGAAAGAGUUUAGCUUGGUGGAACUUCUUCAUCACUUCUUUAAUGCGACCAAAGCAGCAGGAAUCUGCAGAUAUGACCAGUUCCAAGUUGUCUUCAUCUUGGAUGGACUGGAUGAGUGUCGACUUCCUCUGGACUUCCAGAGGAACCCGAUCUUGACUGAUGUCACAGAGUCCACCUCGGUGGACGUUCUGCUGACAAACCUCAUCAGGGGCAACCUGCUUCCCUCUGUUCGCAUCUGGAUAACCACACGCCCUGCGGCAGCAAAUCAGAUCCCUGCUAAGUAUGUUGGCAUGGUAACAGAGGUGAGGGGUUUCACCGACCCACAGAAGGAGGAGUACUUCAGGAAGAGAUUCAGGGAGGAGAAUCUGGCCAGGACAAUCAUCUCCCACAUCAAGAUAUCACGAAGCCUCCACAUCAUGUGUCACAUCCCAGUCUUCUGUUGGAUCACUGCUACAGUUCUGGAGGACUUCUUCAAAACAUCCCAGAGAAGAAAAAAUAUUCCCAAGACUCAGAUGUACAUCAACUUUCUGACGGUUCAGUCCAUACAGGGGGACAGGAAGUACCAUGGGAGAGCUGAAACAGAUCCACACUGGAGUUCAGAAGGAAGGGAGAUCAUUGUUUCUCUGGGAAAACUGGCUUUUGACCAGCUGGAGAAAGGCAACCUGAUCUUCUAUGAGGAAGACCUGACAGAGUGUGGCAUCGAUAUCAGAAGAGCCUCAGUAGACUCAGGAGUGUUCACCCAGAUCUUUAUAGAGGAGUGUGGGCUGGGCCAGGACAAGGUGUUCUGCUUUGUCCAUCUGAGCAUCCAGGAGUUUCUGGCUGCCUUUCAUGUUUCCCAGUCCUUGAUCAAUACUGGUGUCAAUCUGCUCUCAGAGGAACCACCAACCUCCAGCAAAGAUACACUCACCCUCUACCAGAGUGCUGUGGACAAGGCCUUACAGAGUGAGAACGGACACCUGGACUUGUUCCUCCGCUUCCUCCUGGGCCUCUCUCUCGAGACCAAUCAGAAUCUACUACGAGGUCUGCAGGGAAUGACAGGAAUGAGAUCACUGACCCCUUGGAUAAAACAAGGUCUGCUGGCACUGACAGGAAGUAGCUCACAGAUAAAUCAACAAACAGUCUGUUAUAUCAAGGAGAAGAUGAAUGGAGACCUCUCUCCAGAGAGAAGCAUCAAUCUGAUCCACUGUCUGACUGAGUUGAACGACCAUUCUCUAGUGGAGGAGAUCCAACAUCUUCUGACAUUAGGAAGUCUCUCCAGAAGAACACUCUCUCCUGCUCAGUGGUCAGCUCUGGUCUUCAUCUUACUGUCAUCAGAAGAGGAGCUGGACGUGUUUGACCUGAAGAAAUACUCUGCUUCAGAGGAGGGUCUUCUGAGGCUGCUGCCAGUGGUCAAAGCCUCCAAAACAUCUCUGCUGAAUGACUGUCAUCUGUCAGAGAGAUGCUGUGAAGCUCUGGCCUCAGUUCUCAGCUCCACCUCCUCUAGUCUGAGAGAGCUGAACCUGAGUACUAAUGAUCUGCAGGAUUCAGGAGUGAAGCUGCUCUCUGCUGGACUGGGGAGUCCACACUGUACUCUGGAAUCUCUCAGCUUGUCUGGCUGCCUGAUCACAAAGAAGGGCUGUGCUUCUCUGGCCUCAGCUCUGAGCUCUAACCCCUCCCAUCUGAAAGAGCUGGACCUGAGCUACAAUCACCCAGGAGACUCAGGAGCUGCGCUGCUCUCUGCUGGACUGGAGGAUCCACGCUGGAGACUGGACACUCUCAGUGUGGAGCACGGUGGUGUGUGGAGGCUGAAAUCAGGUGUAAAGAAGUAUGCCUGUGAACUCACACUGGACCCAAGAUCAGCCCACAAAAACCUCUUUCUGUCCAAGGGCAACAGAAAGGUGAUGCGCAACAGGGAGGUGAAGCGGGUUAGGCCGCAUUCCCACCGGCGGGUGCGGGUCGGUUCGUCGGGCAGACAUGGGCCACUAAGAGACAGGAGACAUAUCUCUGAAGACCCAGUGUUGUGUAGAGGGUGUUUUUCUGACCGCUGUUACUGGGAGGUAAAGUGGGAAGGAUGUGUUGAGAUUGGAGUGACAAAGAAAGGAAUCACAAGGAGAGGAGGGGGUGAUGACAGCAAGUCCUGGAGACUUUAUUGUGAUGGUGAGGGUUACCAUGCCUCAAUCUCAUAUCAAGGAUUAUUCAGAUGUUUCGGCCAUGCUGACACUCACACAGUAGGAGUGUAUCUGGACCGGCCUGCUGGCACUCUGUCCUUCUACAGAGUGUCCCCAGGUGAAGGAGGGUCCUCAGACACACUGACACACAUCCACACCUUCCAGGACACCUUCACCCAGGAGGAACUCCGCCCUGCGUUUUGGUUAGGGGGUGGCUUUGCUUCAGUAAAACUAAGAAGUUUCCCAAGGAAUAAAAAUAACUAAGAACGUUUAUGAUAGGUUGGACCAGGGUUUUUUCUAGGUUUCAUAAACAUCCGGGGCAUAGCCCAGAGGGAAAACAAAAAUGCGUGCGUAGCGCGUCGCAAUUUUUUUUGUAUGCUUUAUUGUGCAUGCACAUUUUUCAGAAUGCUUUACCUGAAUCAACAAAAUACGCAGUUAAUCAUAGCUUUAAAUAGCUACUUGACUGCUGUGCUGCUUAUCCCCAAACAUCUAAAGUUCCAUUCAAAUUAUUUCAAAGUAAAAUUAAUUCAAGUGCGACAGACCUUAUAUAUAUUUAUUACACGGGUCUUCUCAACACCAAGGAACGCUCCGUUCACUUACAUGGGUCCUUCACAACUUCCGGCGGUGAAUUAUAUUUGAUAAUUCACCGGUUGCUGAGUAUAAUUGACCGCUGUCGAGGAAAACAAAGGACUUUUUGCCUCUAACGACGUCUUUGGUAUCACUCACUAAGCGACGUCGACGUCUUUGGCAGACUAUUUCUCAGCUGAUCAGCACUACGAAUGCUGAUGAUAACAAAUAAAUUGUAAAAAGACACACCAUGUGUAGUUAUUUUUUUGUUUCGGCAAGAAGCCGUGUAAUAAGCGGGAUAAUGCAUAGAAUGCCACCGGUCAUUAUCGAAAACAAGCCCCUUCAGGGCGAAGCAAGACACCUCCGCUGAGCGUCGUGUCCUGUUCGUCCUGUUGGGGCUUAUUUUCCCGAUAAUGGCCGGCGUAUGUAAGGGAUAAUACAUUAACCCUCCAUGUAUGUAUAGGCUAUGUAUAUAUAUAUAUAUAUAUAUAUUUUUUUUUUUUAUAUAUAUAUAUAAUAUAUGUAUAUGAGGAUCUGACUGGGGAUAGGAUAGAUUAAUUUACCACUUGAGGUGGUAAACAGUCUGGUUAUGUUUUUAAACUGUUUAUUCUCUGGCCAGAAGGACUAUCUAGACUAGGCUACUUAUAAAUAAAUAUAUAUUUUUUUACCCCAACAUUAUAUUCGGGGCUAAUUAAAUAAUAUCCGGGGCUUUAGCCCAGAUUAAUACAGCCUAUUGACGCCACUGGGUUAGACAUGCUCAAAUAACCGCCAAAUGCUCCAUUUUAUUGAGCUGCUGAAAAGUUUGGCAUGAAACACUAUGAAAAGAACAGACUUUUAAGAUCUUCCAUCAGGUUAACUAAGCAGGUUUUACCAUUGUACUUUUUUAAUUUUUUAAUUUGAAAUAUCUACUGAUGGUAAAUCAAUUUCCUCUGAUAUCUCUGAUAUCAGUUUAUAUUUUGAUAAGCAUAACAUGGAACCUGAUUUAAAGCAGAUUUAGUCUUCAUAAUGUAUGUGUUCUCUAUGAAAAGCUAGAUCAUGUUGUGAAUGACUUUAAACUGAUUCCUUGUGUUCUGUUGGGAACAACCCAUCAGCAGAACAUGUUCAGUUAUUAAAGAUAUGUGCAGACCUGUGUAUGAUAAUUAAUGUCUGCUGCUUCUAUUGUUUGAGCCCUUGUGUUUAUUGUGUUCAUGUAAGGGGCUCUUUUUCUGUUUUACUGGUUAAUAAAGCAUAAUGGAGGUAAACAA